ACGGGGGCCCGUAGAGAGAAGCACGAGGGAGAGGUGACUGAGGGAGGGAGGGAUAAACUGCUCCCACCACCACCACCACCACCACUGCGCCCACUCUCCAGUCUCCAGUCCCUUCCUCCGUCCCGCUCCACCCGCUCCCCACUCCGCGUCCCCCCUCCGCUUCCUUCCUUUCCUUCUCCGCCUUUCCCUUUAGAGCGCCGCCGGCCUCGGAUCCGGUCCGCGGCGGGGGAUGAUGGACUUCGACGGCGGCAUUGGCGAUCAGAGUGAGAUGUGGGACUGGCAGAAUCAAGAGUUCGAUUUGCAGAAGGAUCUGUUACCAGCUCCAUCUACCUCCUUGUGGGCUGAAGCAAACCACAAUGAGGUUGAUUCUUGGAGCCUGUUCGAUGAGCAAACCCCAAUUAAAGAAUGUACAGACAUAGAUUUGCCCUUCUGUGGUAUAGGAGAUAUUAUUAUCAAGGACUUUGAUGAAGGAAAGGAAACCUUACAAGCUAAACGAAGGCGUAUGCUGCAGUUCUGUCCAGACAACGCUGGGUUGGAUUGUUCUCUGACGGAUGGGCUCUUGGAAAAUCUGCAAGUGAAUUUGGAUUUCUCAAGUGACGAGCAUUUGUUACACUGUGAUGGGACAGAGGAACUACCUGAAGAAUGGCUGGUUGAUUGCUCACAAGACAGUGAGAGUCGUUCCCCGCAAGAAGAAUUGAAAAGUCUUAGUGCUGCUGUGGAAACCAAUGUCUCUGUUCUUGAGAAUUCGUUAGUCGAGCUCGAGGAGCAGCCUAUCAUCAAAGUUGUGAAGAAACAUGUGCAAACUAAACCUACACCUCUGAAAGCUGGAAGAAACAUCAUCAGAGCAAAGAAGCUGAAGGCAGCAUCGGUGGCCUACCCCUUCGAGCUCAUCAAGCCGUGCGGGUUCCGCGGCGACACCACCCUGAGGGACAUAAACAAGAAGAUCCUCUCGCCUCCCCCGUACAGGAUCAAGCACAAGAUCGAUGAGGUGCCUGCCCUGUUCCAGGAGGCCUCGGCCAUCUCCGGGAAGCCCGUGGUCCACAAGACGAAGAUCCACACAGAAGGCGGGAAGGGCAGCAUCACCAUCACAAGAACGAGAGGCUAACCGAGUCCUCCACAUUACCACCGUGGGAGUAGAUGAUUUUGCGUCCAACAAAGAAGUGUGUAUGGUUGGCUUGGUUGGUUCUUGCUGCAACAUUUGACCUGUGCUGGAUUGUUAGGGUGGUUGACUGGUAGAGCAGGCCUAGAAUUGUGUCUCCGUGUAGGCAGUUGGUUUGGAUAGUGUGUUUUUCCUUUUGGUUCAAAGGUGGUGGAAAAAGUUGAUGUGAUGAUCUGGUUUAGUAUAUGGACAUAUGUGUAGUUUGUUUGGUGAGAUCAAAUUAUAUAUUCUGCAGUAACUUA